UGGUCUCUAGUCAAUUUCUAUUGAUUGGGAAAGGUCAAGAACCCUGGUUGGUAACAUAUUUUGUGGCACGCAAUGAGGGGGGGGAGAGGAUCUGGGCCCCUCCAGGACCACGAACACAGCUUCCCCGUGGGUGACAAGCGGCCACCUGAACCUCUUGUUUCAGCGUCACCGCAUUUGGUCACAACAGAACAAUACACCUGUGAGCCAGUGGAAGAUCUGAGAUACCUAUUCAAAAGACAGGCACCAUCAACAGCUCCUGUUGCUGGGAAACAUGCAGGUCUCCCGAAGGCUGUGGUGAACAUUCAGCCUGCGUGGAUCAAUGUGCUCAAGGAGGAUUACGUGACGCUGAUGUGUCAGGGGACCAACCUGUGUGAAGGCAACCUCACCCUGUGGUUCCAUAAUGGGAGCUUCAUCCAGAGCCAGAACCAGUCCAGCUAUAGCUUUAAGGCCAGCAGCAAUGACAGUGGAGACUACAGGUGUCAGAGAGAGCAGACCAGCCUCAGCGACCCUGUGCAUCUGUAUGUGACUUCCGACUGGCUGCUGCUCCAGACCCCUAGCCUCGUGUUCCAGGAAGGGGAGCCCAUCGUGCUGAGGUGCCACAGCUGGAGAAACAGUCCUCUGAAUAAGGUCAUAUUCUUCCAGAAUGGAAGAUCCAAGACGUUUUCCCAUCUGCAUUCCAACUUCUCUAUCCCGCAAGCAAACCUCAGUCACAGUGGCGAGUACCACUGCACGGGAUUUAUCGGGCAUACAGUUCACUCAUCACAGCCUGUGACCAUCACUGUCCAAGGGUCCAGCUUGAGCAACUCCUUGUUGGUGACGAUAACGGUGGCUGUAGUCGCUUGGAUUGCUGCAAUGGCUGUUGCUGGUGCCAUAGUCGCCUGGUUCUGCCUCAGGCGAAAGAAGAUUUCAGCUCUCCCAGGAACCCUUGAGCACAGGGAAAUGGGAGAGACCCUCCCUGAGGAACCAGGUGAGUGCAGCUCCCCCUCUGGGGGCUCAAUGACACCCUGCCUUGUGCAUCAAGAAGCUGCUUGUGUGAGUUCUGCUGGGAGCACAGGAGAGGGAGGGGGCAGUGGGCAGAGGGCAGGGGCUCAAAUCUCUUGGUCAGUUCUGAGACUAACUCCUGGGCCUAAAGAGGACCUCACUGGAGACAAGGAGAAGAUGAAACCUGUCCCAGAUAGAGAGGCGAGGGCCUUGUCCGAGUUUCUGGGGUCAGAACUGCUGGGGAUUCUUCCAGAGCAGGACAUCAGAGAUACUUCCAAUCUCACUGAUGCUGAAGAGGCUGCCAAAAUGGAGAUUUACUUCCUCUUUUCUAAUUUGAGAGGUAUCGUGUUGAAGAAAAUCAGUGUGUUAGAAGCUGCAGGGGACCUAAACACAGUCACCAUGAAGCUGGGCUGUGUCCUCAUGGCUGGGGCCUUCUACUUUUCUCCUGCUAUUCUCUGGGCAGCCCAGAUGCUACUGGCUGGAUGUCAUGCUGUCACAGCAUCAUUUUCUGGUUCUUCUCGGACCAUGCCCUCCUCAGCUGCCAGUUUUGAGGCGCUCCAGUGCGAAGGACCUGUCAGCACCCAGGAGGGCAGCUGCCACACUGAGGAUGACUUGACGGACCCAAGGGAAGUCGACUUCCAGGUCAAGGGCUACACUUUCAGUGAACCCUUCCAUCUGAUUGUGUCCUAUGACUGGCUGAUCCUCCAAAGUCCAGCCUGGCCUAUAUUUGAGGGAGACCCUCUGGUCCUGCGCUGCCAGGCCUGGCAAGACUGGCCACUGACCCAGGUCACCUUUUACCAAGAUGGCUCAGCCCUGGGUCCCCCUGGACCUAACAAGGAAUUCUCCAUCGCCGUGGCGCAAAAGGCAGACAGCGGGCACUACCACUGCAGUGCUAUCUUCAGGAGCCCUGGUCCUGGGAGCCCAGAAACGGCAUCUCCUGUGGCUAUCACAGUUCAAGAACUGUUUCGAGCCCCAGUUCUCAGAGCCACACCUUCAGCUGAGCCCCAAGAGGGAAGCCCGGUAACCCUGAGCUGUCAGACAAAGCUGCCCCUGCAGAGGUCAGCUGCCCACCUCCUCUUCUCCUUCUACAAGGACAGCAGGACAGUGCGUAGCAGGGGUCCUUCCUCAGAAUUCCAGAUCCCCACUGCUUCAGAGGCACACUCUGGGUCCUACUGGUGUGAAGCAACCACUGAGGACAACCAAGUUUGGAAACAGAGCCCCAAGCUGGAGAUCAGAGUGCAGGGUCCCUCCAGCUCUGCUGCACCCCCCACCUUGAAUCCAGCUCCUCAGAAAUCAGCUACUCCAGAAACUACUUCUAAGGAGCCCCCUGGGCCUCUGCCUCCACUGCCCACCCCUUCUUCUAAGGAUCUGGGCUCCUCUUCUCCUCUGCACUUCCCAGAUCCCCAUCUGCAUCACCAGAUGCGUGUUCUCCUCAAACAAAUGCAGGAUAUGAGGGUCAUCCUUGGUCACCUGGUCAUGGAGCUGAGAGACUUGUCUGGCCACCUGAAGCUUCAGGCCACAAAGGGUCCUGCCAAAUAUUAGUAAAUAAUUCACCUGCCGUGUUGCUCAACUACCCCCAAUAAAUCCAACUCUUUCUAGUUGUCCUCUUUCUGUUCCAUACUUAAGCAUAAGUAGUUUUACAAGUUGCCCAGUGUUUCGCUAGAGUAACAGGGAUGGGUGAGUAUAAAUAAACGUGUACAAAGUGGUAAUUAGAGUUUAGCUAUAAUUGUAUAUUCUCCCUGAACAUGACAACAUAUUCCUGUUCUAUCUAGGCCAGGAGUUGCCUUCUGUUGCCCAGACCAGAAUCUGGUGAUUGAAAGAGAAGCAAUGAGAUGAUAGAUUUAAUGCAGCAAUCUCAACCAAGGGCAAUCCCUCCCCAUCCUAGGGGACAUUUGGCAAUGUCUGGAGAAAUUUUUGAUUGUUACAUUGCGGGGAGGGUGUGCUACUGGUGUCUAGUGAGUAGAAGCUGGGGAUGCUGCUAAACAUCCUAUAAUACACAGAACAGCCUUCCACAACAAAGGAUUAUCUGGUCCAAAAUGUCAAUAGUGCUGAGGUUGGGAAACCCCAGCCUAACGGAGGUGUUGGACUCUGGGAUGGACCUUUGCUUCUUCUACUUAUUCUCUCGUCCUAGCCUUGUUCAGCAAAUAUUAAUUACGUGCCGGUAUUUUGUUGUCCUCUGCUACAUACCCAAGUUGAUGCUAUGUUAAGUAUACCCAUAAGACAGUGUCCCUGUCUAUAGAAAGUUUACAAUUUGGGAUGGAGGGGCAGUAAUACUCCUACCCAUUAAACAAUUAAAGCAGGGCAUAUAAAAAUUUCCCAUAGGAUCCUAGUGGACUCAGAAACAUGUGAUUGAGUAGAACAAUGCCAGAGCAGCAAUUAUUUGUUUUAAUCCAUGUCUGAAAUAUUUUUCUUUAAAGACAUACAUAAAUCUAUUUUGGUACCAUAGUAAUACUUUAUUUUCUAUGCUUGGACUGCCACUGUAUAUUCUCAGCCAAUGAGAGCUAGCCUGCCAGAUUCUACAGGAACCUUUGGUCAGUGAGUUACCACACCAUUUCAUGACCUCAGCCAAAGAGCUUUCUACCACGGUUCUCCUAAAUCACGUGGUAUGAGAUUAUCCAGUGUACUUUUUCUUUGUGCCAUUUAUUCUGUGUGUAGUUGGGACCCACAGUGAUUUACAAAAUACGUACCCGUGAUCGGUCCAGACAUGCCACAAAGAAAUAAAGGAAUAGAAUCAUGCUGGAUGUUAGAAUCUGAGUUUUAUGGUGGUUCCUAGCUCCCUCUAAAAUGCCAGUUUUAUGGUGGCUCCUAACACCUUCAAGUGGAAAGAUGAGAAAGAAACUGGAAAUUGGUAAAAGUCCACAAAUAUCACUGCAGCGUGAGAGGAUCGAUUAACAACUGUAUGAAUGGAAGUUGUAAGAAAUGAUGACCAGAGAUACGUCAUUUGGUGGAUGACCAAAGUGGAAGCUUAACUGCCAAUGGACUAUGUUGGAUCUCCAAAGAUACUAUGUUAUAACCAUUCUACAUGGAAUUGAUUUCAGCUAAUGGUACCAUGUUCAUGAAUGCAUCCUGCAAGCUCAUGCUAAAUAAGGAAGUCAUGUCCAGACAAUAAAAGCUAACCGAGAUCAAGAAAGGAAGAAGUGGGUGCAGCUGGCUAAGUGUCUCACUUCUGUACCCGUCAUCCAUGUGUCUGUGUGGACCUCUAUCGUCACACUGCAUUUUAAUUUUUUACUAUCUUAUUUCUGUUCACUAGAGGGUGAACACUUUGAGAGCUCCUUGAGCUCUCUGAUCUACAUUGACUCAUUGGUGUCUAGUUUAAUGAGGCAUAUUUAAACUCUCUGUAAAUGUUGUUUCAUUGAAUUGAAUUGGGUCAGCAUAAUAAGGGAAGGCAUCCUGAAGAAGAUGGGAAUUAAGCUGAACCUUAAAGGAUGAGUGGUAUGUCUGGCAUCGGCAAAAUCUCCAGAUUCUCCCCAGGGGGCCCAGAUUAGGUCAGGAGCUUGGAAGCCUCAGGGAGAGAAUCUGUUAUCAUCAGGGAUGAGGAAGGCAAGAACAUAACUGAAAGAAUGAAGAGAGAGAGACAGAGAGGCAGAGAGAGAGAGCUUUUAUCUGUCUCUACGUGUCCUGGGGAAGCUGGAGAGGGGGUGGGAAAGAGGAAUUGUUAUACUAGAUUGGGUUUAUGGCCUGUGCAGUUUAGGAUUCUGUAACCCACAGAGGUCCUAAUGCAGCUACGCUGGAUGUUAUCUCUGAAAUAAACAUUAGAUACAAAGCA